AUGGAUGAAAGGCCCACCUACGAGAGGACUCUCACAGAGUCCGAGCUGCUAGAGCAGCUCCCGAAUGAGAUCGCUAGUCUUGUUCGGUCUGCCUCAGGGACUCAGCAGCUUCACGCGCUUGCGCUUGGAGCAUUAAACAGCGAAUUCACAGAAACCAUUUUCCGACUAUACGAACCGAUCGUCGUCGAUCUUGCAGCUCGAUGGCUUCGAUCAGAUAUCAAUGCCGAUCCCAUUCAUAUUCUGGCGGCCUUUGCCCGUAUCCUACCUUUCGCGGCAUACCUCCGACCUUUCGCCAGCCAGCAUGCCUCGUCCCAGGCUGGAGCCCUCUCGGCCCUCGUUGGGUCGAAGGAAUUGACACUGCGACAGUUGAAACCAAAUGAUACCCGUACAUUACUCCUUGCACUCUUCCGACUACUAUCGUUCGAUUUGGACACCUUCGCCAAAGCCGUUUCCCCGAUUCAACUCCAAUCUCUGUUCCCCCACGAAGAUCGAGUAAUCCGAUACCUUGCCGUGCGAUGCUUUGCCCUCUAUAUGCAUGCCGCCGAUGCAGCUACUGAGAAUAUGCUGCGUGUCAACACUGGCAUUGACCCUAUUGAAGGAAACUGGGAAGGGAUCACAAUCGAUUACCGACUUUUGGGCUUGUGGGAGGAACGACGAUGGGAAACCCUUGAGAGGCAUAUCCGACAGGCGAACUUGUCACGGCCAGAGAGUGACGCGAUGUCGCUGGUUGACAGCACUCGGGAUGCUUUCACAGCCAGGUCUGCCGAUAUUUCUGGCGUCUUGAUUCCUCGAUUGAAAGAUGCGGAGCCGUUCUCCUCUUCUAUUGUGAAGACCCCCACCACGACAGCAAAUAUUCGCCGUAUUGCAAGAUCUCUUCUUGGGUUCAAGCCCAUCUUGUUGGUUGGCCUGCCCAACUCCGGCAAAACAUCUCUGAUUAACGACAUUGCCGGUGUAAUGGGCCAGGCUGAGUCGAUGGUAACGCUGCAUCUCAACGAGCAGACCGAUGCUAAAAGUCUACUCGGAAUGUACGCGACAUCAUCUGCAACAGGCUCUUUCUCCUGGCAGCCCGGCGUGCUCACAAAAGCUGCAAGAGAAGGCCGUUGGGUUCUGAUUGAAGAUUUGGACCGUGCUCCAUCCGAAGUCCUCGGUCUCAUCCUUCCGAUCAUUGAGCGAGGAGAACUGACUAUUGCGAGCCGAAGGGAGCGGAUUAAGUGCGCAGAAGGGUUCAAAAUCAUUGCCACCAUGAAGUCUUCUUACAACAUUGCCGGAGAGGAAGUCGCGCCGAGCACCUCGAUGCUCGGCAGUCGUUUGUGGCAGCGAGUACCAGUCGCCUCUCUCUCCGUGGAUGAGAUGCGAGAUGUCAUUCUGCAAAAGUUCCCCUUGCUUGAAUCUCGUGUGCCAAUUAUAAUGGAGGUUUACAAAAGGGUUUGCUCUGCCUUCCAUGGUAGCUUGGCAAUUAAGGGCUCCCAGGGCCGGACACCGGGCUUCCGUGAUCUGAUCAAACUUUGCAGUCGCUUGCACCGGAGACUACAACUUCUUGGCGCAAAGACCGGCUUUGAAGCUACCGCGGAAGGUGUCGAUGAUGAGAUCCUCUUGGAUGUGGUGGACAUCUUCCUCAAGUAUCUCCCUGAGAAGUCCAUGCAAAGCUCUCUCGCUUCAGUCGUUGCCGAAGCUCUCCAAAUCUCACCGCAACGUGCACAGUUUUGUCUUGAGGAACGUACGCCAACAUAUAACGACAAGAACAACUCCUUAGUGCUCGGUCGGGAGGUAUUGCAGAAAAUCAAAGUACCGAGUGGUGCAGCACAGAAGCUUGCCGCUGCCGCGUCACGGUUUGCUUCGACGAGGUCCGCGCUGGCUAUCAUGGAGCAAGUCGCUGCUUCGGUGCAGAUGGCAGAACCUGUCCUGCUUGUUGGAGAAACUGGUAUUGGCAAGACAACGGUGAUUCAGCAACUUGCGACAUUGAUGCGCCAGAAGCUCACCGUCGUCAACUUGUCGCAACAAUCAGAAAGCACUGAUCUGCUAGGUGGAUUCAAGCCUGUCAGUAUUCGGACAAUGGCAGUCCCAAUGCUUGAUGAGUUCACCCAGCUGUUCGAGUUGACGUUCUCAGCAAAGAAGAACCAGAAAUUCCUUUCCUCCGUGUCUAAGAGUGUUGCUUCAGGUAACUGGGUUCGUCUUGUCAAUCUUUGGCACGAGGCUGUGCGGUUGGCCAAUGGGGUCUUCAAUCCUGCGCGCAACAGUUCGAAAGAGGGCGAGAAUGGCGAUGAGCAGCAGCCAGCUAAGAAGAGGAAGCUGGACUCCCCCAGGUAUCAACACCUACGACAGCGAUGGGAGAGUUUCGAAGCCCAGCUUGCGGAUUUCGAAGCCCAGGUAUCUCAGGGCGACGCAAAGUUUGCGUUUGCCUUUGUGCAAGGAAAGAUUGUCAGAGCCCUGAGGAACGGUGAAUGGGUCUUAUUGGAUGAAGUGAACCUGGCCUCACCUGAUACCCUUGAGAAUAUUGCCAGUCUCCUGCACCACGGCAGCGAGGGUUCCCCUUCUGUCCUGCUCUCCGAGGCCGGUGACGUGGAGCGAGUUUUCGGUCAUCCCGACUUCCGCAUUUUUGGUGCUAUGAAUCCUGCAACCGACGCCGGCAAGCGUGACUUGCCUCCUGGUCUGCGCUCUCGAUUUACCGAGUUUUAUGUCCAUUCACCCGACACCGAGCUGGACGACCUGUUGGCCCUAAUUGAGAAGUAUCUUGGUAACCUGACCAUGGGUGAUCCACGUGCCGCGCCCGAUCUUGCACAGCUAUACAUGGAGACCAAGAAGCUCAGCAACGAGAACAAGCUCACAGAUGGCGCCGGGCAGCGACCGCAUUUCAGUAUUCGAACUCUCGUUCGAGCCUUGAUAUAUGUCAUUGAUCAUGCACAUGUGUAUGGCUUGCGACGAGCGAUCUAUGAAGGGUUCAGCAUGAGUUUCCUGACUGUCUUGAGCCUGGAAUCUGAACGGUCUCUUGUCCCUCUACUUGAAAAGCACAUCUUUGAAAAUGCAAAGAAUGCGAAGUCGCUACUUGGACGAACCCCCCGACCUCCUGAGGAUGGCCACGACUAUGUUCAAUUCAAGCACUACUGGAUGCGACGUGGUCCUUUGGUCCCAGAAGAACAACCUCACUACAUCAUUACUCCUUUUAUCGAGAAGAACCUCAAGAACUUGGUGCGAGCCAGCUCCACGCGUCGCUUCCCUGUCCUGCUGCAAGGUCCCACAUCGGCAGGAAAAACCAGUAUGAUUGAGUACCUGGCAAAGGUCUCCGGCAACAAGUUUGUCCGCAUCAACAACCAUGAGCAUACGGACCUGCAGGAGUAUCUUGGCUCCUAUAUCUCUACAGACGAUGGAAGCCUGCGUUACCAAGAGGGUGUCUUGGUGGAGGCUCUGCGGAAUGGGUAUUGGAUCGUUCUUGAUGAGCUCAAUUUGGCACCCUCCGAUGUCCUCGAGGCGCUGAAUCGUCUUCUGGAUGAUAAUCGUGAGCUCUUCAUUCCCGAGACCCAGGAAGUCGUCCACCCUCAUCCGAACUUCAUGCUAUUCGCUACGCAAAAUCCUGCCGGUCUGUAUGGUGGCCGAAAGGUUCUAUCCCGUGCGUUCCGGAAUCGUUUCCUUGAGCUUCACUUUGAUGAUAUUCCCGAGAGCGAGCUCGAGUUCAUUCUCAAAGAACGCUCUCAGAUUGCUCCCUCAUUUUGCACCCGAAUUGUCUCGGUAUAUCGAAAGCUUUCCUUGCUCCGUCAAUCCAACCGACUCUUUGAGCAGAAGAACAGUUUUGCCACUCUUCGUGAUCUUUUCCGGUGGGCUCUUCGUGAUGCAGAUGACCGCGAACAGCUGGCUGUCAACGGCUAUAUGCUUCUUGGCGAACGUGUUCGUAACCCCCAAGAGAAAGCUGCCGUGAAAGGUGUGAUUGAAGAGGUCAUGAAGGUUCGUUUGGACGAAGAUGUGCUUUACAGCGAGUCCCAGCUUGAGCAGAGUGUCCCGCAAAUGUCUGGUCUGCCUUCUGGUAUCGUUUGGACCAAGGCUAUGAGGCGCCUUUUCAUCCUGGUCUCUAAAGCUCUCAAGAACAACGAGCCAGUUCUCCUCGUUGGAGAGACUGGAUGUGGUAAAACACAGCUUUGCCAGGCCGUUGCCGAAGCGUUCAAGCGGGAGCUGUUCAUUGUGAACGCCCAUGUAAACUUGGAGACUGGCGAUCUAAUUGGCGCUCAAAGGCCCAUCCGAAACCGUGCAGCAAUUGAGAAGCAACUGUUUGAAGAUCUCCAGCUAUUUGUCCACGGGCAGCCAUCAGAAACCUUGUCACUUGAACAAUUGAAGCAGGAGUUCUCCGCUCUCGAUGCCCAGCAAAGACAAGAAAAGGAUCAAGACCUUUUGCGCAGAAUCGAGAAGAAUAUCAUUCGAUGCAACGCUCUCUUCGAGUGGUCUGACGGAAGUCUCAUCACUGCUAUGAAGACCGGCCAAUUUUUCCUGCUCGACGAAAUUUCUCUAGCUGACGAUUCUGUCCUGGAGCGACUGAACAGUGUGCUGGAGCCCCAUCGAUCAAUCCUUCUGGCUGAGAAAGGUCCUGUCGACUCUAUGGUUGUGGCUGACGGAGGGUUCCAAUUUUUGUCAACCAUGAAUCCGGGAGGUGACUACGGCAAACGAGAGCUUUCAGCUGCCCUCCGAAACCGUAUGACAGAGAUCUGGGCCCCUCAACUGUCCGAAGACGAGGAUAUUCUCCCGAUUCUUCAGAUGAGAUUGACACUCAAAGAUGAGAACAUGGCAAGGUCGAUGCUUCGUUUUGCGAAGUGGUUCAAGGCUACUUUCCAGAACACUUCGACUACUUCCCUUUCUCUUCGUGAUCUUCUUGCCUGGGUUGACUUUGUGAACACCUGUCAAAGUGAUGAUACGUUGUUUGCUAUCGUCCAAGGUGCAGCCAUGGUCUUUGUCGAUACUCUCGGUGCUAACCCAGCCGCAAUGCUUGCGAUUUCUUUGCACAACCUUGACGGCAAUCGGCAGAAAUGUUUGGAUAAAUUGGGUGAGCUUUUCCAGGUUGAUGCCUCCAAGAUUUACUGGCAAUCUUCGACUGUUUCCCUUGAGCCGGGCUUCCUGCAGGUCGGUCCGUUUUCUCUCCCAACUGUUGGGGAGACAGACCCCGAUCCGCAAUUCACCAUGGACGCACCGACCACGAUUGCCAAUUCAGUUAGAAUCGCUCGUGGUCUGCAAUCUUCCAAACCCAUCCUCAUGGAGGGCAGUCCCGGUGUUGGUAAAACUACACUUGUGACAGCCCUUGCCAAAGCCCUCGGCAAGCCCCUCACCCGGAUCAACCUUUCGGAGCAGACAGACCUCACGGACUUGUUCGGGUCCGACGUUCCUGUUGAAGGUGGAGAUGUUGGACAGUUUACUUGGCGGGACGCCCCCUUCCUGCGAGCAAUGCAGCGUGGUGAUUGGGUUCUUCUGGACGAAAUGAACUUGGCCUCACAGUCUGUUCUCGAAGGUCUCAACUCUUGUCUUGAUCACCGCCAGCAGGUCUAUAUCGCCGAAUUGGACCAGACUUUCAAACGUCACCCUGACUUUGUCCUCUUUGCCGCCCAAAACCCCCAUCACCAGGGCGGUGGAAGAAAGGGUCUCCCUGCAUCCUUCGUGAAUCGUUUCACUGUUGUUUACGCAGACAGCUUCACCGACGCAGAUUUGAAAAAGAUCUGCACAAAGCUAUUCCCUGGCAGUCCUCUUUCCCAGACAGAACGCCUGGUCGAUUUCAUUUCCAGUCUCAACACAGCGAUAGUGACUGAGCGCAGGCUCGGAGCUGUCGGUGGUCCAUGGGAAGUCAAUUUGCGAGACAUUCAGCGAUGGCUUCAGUUAGCCGACCGGGGCGAUUUGCAGAUCCCGACUAAGCACUUCCUGGACAUCGUUAUCAGCCAAAGAUUCAGAAGUCAAGAUGAUCGUGUGCAAGUUACUCAAAUUUACGACCGUAUUUUCAAAGAUUGCGAUAUUGGCCAGAAGAGUUAUUUCCACAACCUGACUCCGGGUUACCUCCAGGUUGGCCUGGGUAUCUUGACCAGAGAUCCACUUUUGCAGCGCUCGCUUGCACCGCAUAUGAAGAUUCUCCCCAAUGAUCUUCAUAUCCUCGAGUCUCUCAUCCUGUGCAUUGACAACUCAUGGCCCAGUAUUCUCGUUGGUCCGGCUGGGUGCGGCAAGACGACCUUGAUCAAGAAGCUUGCAGCUAUCAAUGGUGCAAACCUGGAGGAGCUCGCUCUGAGCGCCGAUACAGACACCAUGGACCUGAUUGGUGGUUUUGAGCAAAUCGACCAUAGACGAGAGGUCUCAUCCUUCAUCCAUGAUGUCGAGAUCUUCUUGCGCAACCAGAUCAUCCAUUCUUUCGCGUCCGGGGACGUCUCCGAGUCUGUGGCUUUGGCUCUUCAGAUCUGCCAACACUUCCAAAGUCCAGAAACAUCGCUUGAGACCGUGGUCUCAUCGCUGUCAGAUCUGUGCCAGUCAUUCUCUGAUGCAACCCUGCAACAAUUCCUCGAGAGAGCCCAGAAUUUAUUGGAUACCAUCCGCAAUACUGAUAAGAUGAAGGUCGGCUUUGAGUGGACUGAGGGUGUUCUGACAAGGGCCGUUCAGAAUGGAUCCUGGGUCAUUCUUGACAACGCAAAUCUGUGUAACCCGUCCGUUCUGGACAGACUGAACUCACUCACCGAGCCCAACGGCACCCUGAUCCUGAAUGAACAGCGAACCGAGGAUGGAUCGGCUCGCAUCAUAACUCCUCAUCCCAACUUCCGCCUCUUCAUGACCAUGGACCCACGCCAUGGAGAAUUGUCUCGUGCCAUGCGAAAUCGAUGCAUUGAGAUCUGCUUCAUGCCAAGCGAGAACCAGGAGUUCUCUAUUACGACAGGGCCGUCAUAUACGUGCGAGUCGGCGCUCUAUCGGCUUCGUCAUGUUUGGAGUUCGCAAACAGCGUCAUCAUCUGCCACCACUGACAAUUCGUUGGAAAUCUGUCUGGACCAUCUUUCCCCCGCAGAUCUUGUCUAUCUGCAGAAGUCUCCCGGCACAUUCUUGCCCAAUCAUGCCGAAAGUAGUUUGGAGAAACUUGCUACUACCAACACCUUGCAGCGAUACAUUUCCAUCCUCCAGGAAAAUGAUCAGUGGAGACCCCUCAACUUUGUCGCUACCGAUAUCAACAUGGCUGGAGCCUCUCUCAGCAUCAAGGGCGAACUGCAGCCCAUUCACCCUCUGGUCAACGAGCCACUUCUUUCAGUUACUGGAGGCAGUGACUACCGCUCUAGUAUGGUUGUCUUAGCCUACCUCGAAGAGUUCAGACUCGACCUUCAUCGCCUCAAGCAACGCUUGGUCCACUCCAAUGACUCUGCAAACCAACUCAAGCCGAGUCAAAUGACACGACUGGAGCGUUCCCUGGCCUCCAGCCGGAUUCAAUCCCUGAUGAAGGACACAACUCAGCCCGUCGGCAGCUUCCUGUCCGAUUGCGGCCAGGCUUUGUAUGAUUAUAUUCAAAGCCUGGACGAGGCUGGCCUUGGAUCGCCAGAGAUUGUGGCUGCUCUAAGAACGGUCAUCUCCCUGUGCUGGGACAUCUACAAGGCGACCGAUGUGAAUCAGGUCAACGAGGGUGAAUUCCAAGUUUACCUGCAGAUUGGAAGAAGGGUGUGCGCAUCCCUCUUCGAGACAUCUCCCUCACUGAAGCCUUUGGAAAGAUCGCUCUCCAAUGCCCUUGCUCGCUUCCAAGCUGGGUGGGCUCUUACUACGGGCCUCAGUAUGCAACGAAUCUGGGAUUCCUGGAGACAUGUCACACCCUCAUCACAAGAGCAGCUGAAGUCGUUGAUCGAGCUAGAGAGUACCGUGUCUGACUUUACCAGCCUGGCGUUGCAGACCCGCGUUGAGGUCUCUCAGCUGAGUAAUGUCUGGAACUCGUUGAUUGAUGCGCAACGCUUCAUUCUGCUAGACGGCGCGGACGGAGAUCUGCUUCUCGAAGGCAUCAAGCAGACCGUGGCCGAGCUUGGUCAAGCCGUCCGCCGCUCUGAUUCUGUCCAGUACCCCUAUUUCUCGCAGGAGUUUGAAGCGAUUUGCCAGUAUCAUGACAUCUCGUCGUUUGGCACUGAGAAGGCUGUUCAGACAGUGGUGCCCUUACUUGCUGGUCGCCGUGCACGGUCGCUCGACUCUUCGAUCACCCAAAGUCGGGUUCCGGAGUUGCUUCACAGAAUCGCUCUGUCUUCGGGUGCAGGAAAGGACUCUAGUUCCCCAUUGGCGAUUGGUGGAGUUAUCUCACUGUCCCUGUUGGACCGGUUGACAUCCGUCGGUGACACGACACUCGGUCAAAUGGAUUUGCUCCAGGCAGAGAAGCAGGCGCUGUCCAAGGCUCUCUCAGUGAGCAGUAGGCAAGUCGCGACAGAGCAGUCUAUGAUUCUCAGCCGUGCCCUGGCAGCCGUGGCCGCUGAGCUUGUCUCUUGUCACAGUGAAUUCCUUGAUGUCGAGUCUGCUGGUCGUCUUGUUUCCAUUCUUCGAUCCAUUGAAUCAGGAGAGGUCAUUGAGAAUGGGGCAAAUGUUUCAACCACAGUCGAUCCCAGUCUCGCAGAGGAACAUUAUUUCAGGAACCUGGCUCAGAAGGCCUUGCCGGCUCUCCUUUCCUCGCUGACCUCGGUCUCCAAUGGCCAGCAUACUGUCCGCUUCACUGGACUCGCAACGGUACAGCUAGCCGUCAUCCUCCUCCGCCUCUUUGUCCCAGACAAAGCCUUUGAUCCUUCACUUGGCCUUGUUGUCCAACGCAAGCGACACUAUCAACGUCUCGAUGAGAUUAGUGCGAAGUCCAAUGCCAUUCUUGCCUUCGAAAGCACAUUCUCUGGUCAACCAUCCAACCUGCGAUCCCUUCUUCUACAGCAGGAGAUCCAGGAACUAGGAUCUGCCCCGCCUCCCUCAUCAGUGACUCGCCCCGAGCAAUCUGAACUGAGCUUAUUGCAUGGAGAGUUCCUGAACUUGAUCAAUUCCGUCCUCAACCGGAACCCAGAGACGAUGGUUGGUUCACCUGGAAGCAUUUCGGAAUCCCGGGAAAUGAUUCAGCUUCUACGUGAUAACAUCGCUCAGCUUAGCACUCGCCUCAGCACAUACUAUCGAUCCUACGACGACAUCACCGUACCGGUUGUACGCUUCCUCCAACUUCUCGAUGUUGGCCUGUUCCUGGCCACUAGCGAAGACGAUCACUCCGGAAAUACCCGAGAUAUCCAAUCUCUGAGCAAGUGCACACCGUUCUUGGGCGGUACUCUCCAUCCUGUUCUUUCUGACAGCAAUGCACCUUUGCCUUCGAACCAAAGCAAUGCUGUGGAGAUGAGACUGCACGAAUUGUCCGCUUUGUGGACGGCUAAGGAUGCGGAUCCCACGAUGCUCGAUAUCAAGUCAGGCCGUGAAACUAUUCGACGCAUUUUCUCUGAUUUCCACUACUUGUGGAAAACUCAGCUUCGAGAGGACCAGGAGAAGGAAGCCGAAAAGUCCGAGCUCUACCGCUAUCGAGGCUCGUGGGAAGAUGAAGAGGAGGUCAACGAAGCUGAGCUGCACCAGCUCUUCCCAACUUACGAUGAAGGGGCUUCUGAAACCCAGGAAGUUGGCCGAGUUGACCCCCGCAUGAUUGCCGUACGACUCUCCUCUCUUCAUGCCAGAAUUGUCGGUGCUCACCGUACUGGUGAAGCACUCCCUACUUUUGUUAAGGAAUCUGCCCGCCUCCUGGGAAGAAUGUGGGCUUCUAACAAGAGCUCCUUUGCUCCCGUUUCACCGCAACACCACCUUCCUGCUGUCUUCCUACUUCUUGAAGAUGUCAUGGGUGAGGGAUCUCAGGAUAAGCAGAAGAAUUACAACUUCUACACCGAUUCGAACCUUGGCGAAGCUAGAAAGCUGGUUGACCUUGCACUUUCGGUUCAAUCUCGCUUUGCGCAGAUCCAGACUGCCUGGCCCGAGCAUGCCGUUCUCCAAGAUGUCAUCACCUGCUGCUCGGAGAUUCUCCAGUUCAAGCAUACUGAACCUGUCGCCAAAUUCCUGACGAAGCUCGAGAAGCUCCAUUCGUUUGUGCAUGAGUGGCAGCUGGUCGCCAGCCGGGAAUACUCGGCCGCACCCUUAUACGACGAGAUUACAGCAACGACCAUCGGCUGGCGUCGCCUUGAACUGUCCACAUGGGCGAAGCUCCUGGAUCUUGAGAAGGAUCGAUGCGACGAGAAUGUUAGCUCUUGGUGGUUCGUUGCAUACGAAGCGCUUCUGGCCGUACCACUGCAGAUGGCAGAGUCUGGUGAGCAAGACAUGAGUGAGCACAUUCAGGGUGUCAUCUCAACUCUGGAGCAAUUCUUCAACUCCACUUCUCUGGGUCAAUUCACUCGUCGCCUCCAACUUGUUUCAGACUUCCAGGCACUGCUCGUGGCAUUCGUCACUGACCAUGCUUGUCUGGCGCCGCUCGUGUCUGCACUCAGCAAUUUCCUGGCCCAUUUCAAGCCUUUUGAGCCGUCGGUUGACAAGAUCCUCCAGGAAAAGAGAUCUGCCCUGGAGAAAGAUAUCAAGGAGCAGAUUCAAUUAGCCAGCUGGAAGGAUAUCAAUAUCGUUGCCCUUAAGGAGAGUGCUCGGAGGUCACAUGUCAAGUUGUUCAAGCUGGUUCGCAAGUACCGAGAGGCUCUCGCACAGCCAAUUCAACCGGUUCUUGAACAAGGCCUUCCUGAAUCCGGAGAGUCCGUGACCGAAUCAAGCAUUGAGGACAAAGCUCUACCAACAGCAUUGUUCCCGGAAGUCUUGCCCAUCUGUCAGUCAAACAAGAGGCUGUGGUCCUCCAGAGCUCUCCGAUUCCAGAACCCGGACGGUACCGCUCGCAACAUGAUGAAUCUAUAUUCCUCCAUUCCAUCCGAGUUUGAUAUUGCCAAGGAUCUCGAAGGGUUCACCGUUUCCAUCAUCGAGGGUAUCAACGAGUUCAAGUCCUUGACCCCCAAGACUCUGACCGAAGAUAACAAAGACGAUGUCCAGCAUCUUAAGGUUCAGAAGCGUCGCCUCUACGCUGAUACCCUGAAGCGUCUCUUUGAGAUGGGUGUCAAGCGCAAUGCUGGCACCAGUCUGAUUGAAGCUCAAGUUACCCUUGCCCAGGUGAUCUCAACCAGUGCUGCCUUUGAAUCCAAUGCCGCGGCUCAAGGCUCAGUCCGAAGUGCCGAUUCGUACUUCCACAGGCUUCUUGAUCUCGUGCCCCGUGCUCGUCUGGCCUCGCGCAAUUACUCUGAUGAGCUCAGCAAUGUCGAAGUUUCUCGCAGCAUGGGCUCAAUUGAGCACCUCCUGUUCAUCAUUCGACGCCAGAGAGGUGUCCUCUCCCCAGCACUGUCUGAACUAGGAGCUCUCAAGGCUACUCUCGACAAGGCCCGGCACUUGUGGACCAUCGGCUCGGACUCGCUCAUCAAGGCUGGCGCGUCUGCUGGCGAGGAACUGCUCGGUUUGACCCGAGUUGUCUCCUGGCUCAGCCCAAUCCUUGGACUUGCAUCGACCAUUAUUGACGUGCACUCCAAAUUCUCGGGCCUUCCUGCGACCUCCCUUUCCCAAGAGUUGAAAUCCAGAAGGGCUGCAUUCGACGAUCUCCGCCAAUCGCUGCAGUCGCAACCUUCUCUGCCAUCUGGAAUUGCCUCCACUAUUCAGAAAGAGCUCAUUCAGCGUACGUGGUCAUCGCUCGCCCAGCUUGAGGCUGACCUGAAGACAUGGGUUCAGGAUCGUCCCGAGCUUUCUUUCGCUUUGGAACAAAUUGAUCCAUGGCUUCAGACCAGCAGCGUUCCCUCUGCUGGCCUGCUCGGAAAGGGUACCGUGCCAAUUCAAGCCUUUGAUGACAGUCUCCUGUCUGCCGUUGACAAGAUGCUUGUUGGCCUGCAGCAGCUGAAGGAGGUUCCUACCACGAUCACUUUUGAUGGCCUCAUGACACGAAGUGACGAGUUCUUCUCCCGAGCGUCCCGAGCAGUCCAUCUCAACGAGAUCACAUCAUCGCUGGCUGAAGUUCUUAACAAACUGCAAAAUCUCCAAGACAAGUCCUCCAGCGUCCUUCCCAUGGCAGCAGCUUUGGUUGCCAGUAUCCUGCCCAUCGCUACCCAGUAUUAUCAAAUCUGCCAGGAUCUGACUGAUCGCUUCAUUUCGGUUCACCGGGAGGUCUGCAAGACUUCUUACAUUUUGACCAAAACCUUCACUCAGGUCGCAGCCGAAGGAUUCUGCAGCCCUGCUGAAGCAUCCCAGGACGAAGGCAAAGAGGGCAAGAUGGAGAGCGGAACUGGUCUUGGUGAUGGCGAGGGUGCAGAAGACAUCAGCAAGGACGUUGGUGAUGAUGAGGAUCUUUCAGAGCUCGCCCAACAAGCUCAGAAGGAGGAUGCGGAGAAGGACGAAAUGGAAGACUCUGCCGACGCUGUCAAUAUGGACCAAGAAGAGCUUGAAGGUGAAACCGGCGACCACAAAGAAGAAGAAGGCGACGAGGACGACAAGGACGAUAAUGAUGAAGACGAAGACGACGACAUUGACGAGGAAGUUGGCAGCGUUGAUGACCUCGAUGCGGGUGCCGUCGACGAGAAGCUAUGGGAUGGCGCCAACGAUGAACAGCAGAAGGAGACAGAGAACGAGGAAGGAAAGGGCCAAGCCGAUGAUGAUCAACAGGCCGCUGCACAAGAGCAGAAGAAGGACGGAGAAGAGGGUCCCAAGGGUGAGGAAGAGGAGGGAGAUGAAGAGGAUGAUGAGGAAGAAGCCCCCGAUGACGAGGGCGAGGCCAUCGGCCGCGAAGACAUGGAUGUCACUGAUCCCCAGACUAAGGAGGAAGAGACUUUGGAGCUUCCCGAAGAGAUGCAGCUGGACGGCGAUGAUCAAGGAGAUGGAGAUGAAGGCGAGGAUGACGAUGGAAUGGAUGAUCUCUCCGACAUGGGUCCCCUUCCCGAGGAUGAGCAAAAGGCCGAGGAGCAGGACGGUCAGGAUGGUGAUGAGGAUGUCGAUAUGGCACCCGAUGAACAGGCUCCUGGCGAGGAUGAAGAGAUUGGUGAGGAGGGUGAAGAGACCAACGAAGGCGAAGGACAAGAGGAAGAGAAUGAAGCCGGUGGUGAAGAGCCGGAAGAGCCAGAGCACGACGAGUUCCUUGCUCAACGAGAUGACAAUGAAAAUGCCGGUGACGAGGUUGCCCCCAGUGAUGCCGUGAACGGUGGCCUUGCUGCCGACCAGGAUCAGAACGAAGACAAGGGUGCCUCCGGCGAUGCCCAGCAGGAGAGCGGCUCCAGCGAUCCCAAUGCCAAUGCUGACCAACAAACCGGUGCUGCCAAGGAGAGCGAGGAGAGCAAACGCAGCCGAGAUGCUGGUGGUGCUGAGGACUCGGCUCCCAAUGAGCCUCAGAUGCAAGCCUUUAAAAAGCUCGGAGACAUCCUUGAGCAAUGGCACCGCCGCCAGAAGGAGGUGCUGAAUCCGUCCCAAGAGGAAGAUGACUCGCAACCUCUGCCUCAAGACACCGACAUGGCGGAUGCCGAUUUCGAGCACCUCAAGGACGACGAUGAUGUGGCCGAUACGCAGGCUCUGGGUCAGGCAAAUGAAGACCAAGCCAAGGGUCUUGAUCAGAACAAGGGUGUCGAGUCCGAGAACCAGCCAGGAGAUAACGAGGCUCUCCCUGAUGUCUCGGACGAGCUUCAAGACGCGCUGGACAACCAACUUCAAGACGAGAUGCAGAUCGACCGCGAACCCGUUCCCACCGACGGUCAGACUGCUGGAGCGUUUAUCCCCGGCGAUCGUACGUCCCGAGACCAUGCUGAUGGAGCUCCCGGUGCCGAAGACGUCAAUGAAGAGCUGGAUGAAGUCGACUCGCAACUCGCGGCCAUCCACCUCUCAUCCACCCUCCCACCCCUGACCCCCGAGUCCGAAGCCCGUCGUCUCUGGUCGCACUAUGAAAACGCCACCAAUGACCUCUCCCUCUCUCUGACUGAACAACUCCGUCUCAUCCUGGCGCCCACAAUGGCCACCAAACUCCGCGGCGAUUUCCGCACCGGCAAGCGUCUCAACAUCAAGCGCAUCAUCCCAUACAUUGCCUCCCAGUACAAGCGUGACAAGAUCUGGAUGCGCCGCUCCAUCCCCUCCAAGCGCAACUACCAAAUCAUGCUUGCCGUCGACGACAGCAAGUCCAUGCUCGAGAGUGGCUCUGGCCAGCUUGCCUUCGAGACCCUAGCCCUCGUCGCAAAGAGUCUGAGCAUGCUGGAAGCCGGCGAUCUAUGUGUGCUGGGCUUCGGUAAUGAAGACCACGUCCGUGUCGCGCACGAGUUUGGCAAGCCGUUCUCCUCCGAGGCUGGUAUGCAGGUCUUCCAACACUUCAGCUACCAGCAGACCGGUACCAAUGUGCGCAAGUUGAUUGCCGAUUCGAUCGCGCUCUUCCGCGAGGCUCGCUGGAAGCGUUCUCCCGGCUCUGGCUCCGCCGAUCUGUGGCAGCUUCAGCUCAUCAUCUCCGAUGGUAUCUGUGAGGAUCACGAUAUGAUCCGUCGUCUUGUGCGCCAGGCUCUCGAGGAGCGCAUUAUGAUUGUCUUUAUCAUCGUCGAUGCUGUCAAGGGCAGCUCUAUUCUUGAUCUCUCGCAGGCUAGCUUCGAGGCUGACCCUGAUUCUGGCGGUGAGAUGAAGCUCCGGAUGAAGCGUUACCUCGAGGGCUUCCCCUUCCCUUACUACCUGGUUGUUCGUGAUGUACGUGAAUUGCCUUCCGUUUUGGCGACUGCGCUUAAGCAAUGGUUUGCCGAGGUUGUGGAUGUGUCUUCAUGA